GUCAACGCUCUGCCGCAGGCAAUUUGUCGAUGAGCUCGCAAGGAGGAAGUGCCCCUGGAUAAUUUAAUUCCCCCAACGUUUCCCAACAUGCUCCCCUGAGAAGUGAACAGCUCAGAGCUGAAAGUUCCGAAGUGCUUGAACGGUGCGGUGAGAAUCGGGGGUAGUUACAAGGUGGAUAAACCAUGCUGUCCAGCGUCGUAGACGGGGAUGUGGGAAUCGACAACGCAGCGUAUUCUGCCACCGAGAUGGACUCGAUCGGUUACUCAUACGGUUCGAAACUGAUGGUGCAUCAGGAAUCUUUGACCUUGAGUACGUCAGUGAAUCUCGCCCACACAGCUGAGAUUUUCGGAAAAUCAGGUCUGCCUGUUUCCAUCGGUCCGAAAGAUCCAUCGCAAUUUCUAACGCCUCUAUCCUUUCACUCCCAAUUGGAUAUCUUCGAGAGCAUCGGCACUCAACCUCGACCCGGAAGUUUCACGCGGAGUUUUCAAGUCAACGGCGAGGAUAUGAGCGCAUUGUAUUCACUCAACCUGACAAUUAUUUAUAAAAACUCACCCCGGAGUAGAAUUCUCGCGAACUUGAAAGACAGAGCGGGAGACUGCGUUGCCAUUUUUCGGGGUCCUGAGGGCACCCAGGGCUGCGUAUGCUGCUGCACGCGUUGCGCACAGGGCCGUAUGAGGAAGCGACAGAGCAUUGCGAUGCUGGAUACAGGGACGAUAUUCCUCAACCCACAAGAAUCGUUGACGGUGGAAUCUCCUCCGGGAAGUGUCGUGGGACACAUCGCCUUGCAUCAUGAUUUCUACGGUAUCUACGACAAAGGAAUGUUGACGCUUUUGUACAGCGUGCCCUUCAAGGGGGACGCCGGAGCCCACCCGAUAAAUCUGAUCGAUGGAGCUGCCAAUCGUCAGCCCGGUCGCGUUUCGUGCACCGAAAGCGAGCGCGCUCUGAAGAUAAACGUGAGGCCACCGCUGAAUAUCAACUCGACGCAACACAAGCUGUUAUUCAUAGCAACAGCGAUGUGCAUGUUUGGAAUGGAAAUCGACAGAAUACCACGGCCACUCGAAUGGCUCGGCUGUAUCAGUCUUCGGAACGCGAUCGAAGAUGGAUUUUGCUGACUGCUCCCCGGCGGCCAACGAGCGUCACCCGAAGCGACUAUCCGUCGACCGGCUCUCGGCGCUGGGAUGUAAAUUGCAGCAUACGCUGAAUAAAGAUGUCCGACAAGAGAAGACUCUUAUCAGGU